UGGAUUCUGAUAAUCCCGUUCGACUGUAAACAUUGUCUGCUUAUUGCAGUCAACAAAGUAGUACUGUCAAUAUUUAAUUAAAUUAUAUUGAGUUAAAUUUUCCGUUUUAAAUUAAGGUAUCCUAAGUAACAAUUAUUGAAUCUGAAAAUUGACACAAAACAACAUUUAGUGUCAGUGAAAGUUAUUGGUAUUUGUAAGUAAUGCAGUUAUUUUGAUUUCCCAAUAUAAUUUCAGAUUUACAUGGAGACUCUUCCAGUGCUCCCUCUGGAACAAAUUCUCACUCACCUGGAGGUGAGGGAUUUGCUGGCUUGUUCUCUGGUUAGCAUCAGCUGGAGGGCUGCUGUGAACAAUGACCGUGUUUGGAAACAAAUCUGCCAUUGUCAGAGCAGCACUGCUACCAUCGAACAUGUACAAGCAGUUCAGUCCUCAAUUCCUCCUACGUUUGUUGAUCCGGAGACAUCCAACAAGGAACUGGAACCUUUGUGUUACUGGAGAGUAGUGUAUAUGAAGUUACAACACGUAAAGUGUAACUGGCAGCGAUCCAAUCACAAAACUUACAAAGUGACUGAUUUGGCUUAUAAUUACUUUGAUUUAAAAGUUCACAAAGAUGUGCUUGUAGCUAAUGUAAACGAUAAUCACUGUGCAGUGUGGAAUAUUAGAAGUACACCUGUCAAGCAGGAGACAAUUGUGUGUGCUCUCACUAACACUCGGUGUAAAUGCAUGAUCCAUGUUUGUGAUAAUAAGUUAGCUAUAGUCCAAGACACUCUGUUGCAAGUGUACAAGUCUGAAGGAAAGCAUUUCAAACUCUCUCAUAGACGUUUGUUCAACCAAGCAGAAUCAGUUUCGGAAACUAUCCCCAAAUCUCAGAACAUUGAUGAAUGGUACAAUGAAACAGUGAAACGAAGGCCAACACAUCUUCAAGCAUUCUAUGUCGGGAAGUAUUUUAUCGGUUUAGCUGAAAAUGGACCAUAUGAUGGUGCUUCCUUUCAUGUUUGGGAUACGGAGACGGGUGGAAAACUGAAGGAAGAACAGGUCAAAGCAAUUUCAAGUGAAAUACGAGAUCCUAUUUACAAUGUCAAAUUUUGCCCUCCAAAAGCUGACUUGGGCAAAAUUCUAGUUUGUGUUCAACACACAAAACGAACAGAUAAUUUUACCGAAGACUCAUACUACACUGUGUUGUAUAUUUAUGAUCUUUCCAAGUUGACAUUUAAAAAGCUUAAUAUUUUGAGGCCUCACGUUCCAUGGAUCUACUACGAGAAUCACAUUAUAUUAACUGUUGACCACACUCAAGCAAAGCUGAGCAUUUACAAUUCUUCAAAUGGAGAGAACCUAGUCUCAAAGCAAUAUGAGGAAAUUAUUAAUCCUGACAGUGUUCAGGUUCAUGGAAACCAUCUUGGAUUCAAAACUGGAGGUGAUCUAGUUGUUUUAGACGUCAACGAUUUUGAUCUCGUUUUCACAACGGCUAUUGUCAAAUUCUCCUCAAAUCUUUUUGGAUUUGAUUUCACAUUCCUAGAUUGGAAUUUAGUGUUGAUUGCUCGCUGGGACAAAGUGAACAAAAUUGAAGUUUGGAGUAUGGACGAAAAGACUCUACUUUCCACUCUUGGUACAACAGGUCUUAUGUUCCCAUGUAAUAAUUCAGCUAAGUUUUUUGUUUGGAACGAAAUGGUUACAACAAUUUACAUGUUACAAUUCUGGUAAUUAACACUGGCUCCAACAUAACAAUCAUAAUUUUAAACUUUCCUUACUUGUUUGUAGCUGUUAUCGCAUUAAUUGGAAUGUUUUCCUUAAUCGUGUGAUAUGGUAUAUGACAUACAGUGAUAUGUUUCUUAAUGUUUUAUCUUAUUGUGUACGGUGAGUGCUAUUAAUGUACUAAAAUAAUUUUUUUCAAACGAAAAGUAAAAAGUUUAACCUUUAAUCCCAGCCAUUUUUUUGCAAAAAUAUCUCCUAACUUUCCUGGUGAUUUAUUGCAAUGUAUCUGCUAAAAAUCCCAGCAUUAAUUUUGCAGACAUUUAAAAAAAACGUUAUUUUCCUUUUUUUCUUUACUUAUUUUUCAACAUUUUACCCUUUUAAUGCCAACGUCUGUAUAUAUUAACUUUUUAAAAACUAUAGAGAAUUUUUAACAUAGGCAUAUUAUAAAUUUGUUGGUGUAUAAACAAUCAGUGAACAAUCAAGAGAAAAUAUUUAUAGCCGUAUAUUAAGAUUUAUCAACUGUUUAGUUUUAAAUUUAGUUUAAAGUAACACAAAAAAGUGAAAAUGUAGUUGUAUAAACCACUAAACAUAACUUUGACAGUUUUAAAAACAUUUUUAUGUUUGUAUUCAAUUUUAUUUUUUACUAGCACAUACCUACGGCUUCGCCCGCAAUUUGUAUGCACAUUCUGUAAUUUAUUUGAAUAGCUUCCAUGAUUUCAGUAACACUUGGAACUAUUUUAGAUCAAUGUAGAGGAACUGCAACAUUGAAGUUCAUAGUUUUCGUAGUGAAAGCACUUG